AUGGGGAAAAUCUACACAUUAGGAUUGGCAACAUUUGCUGCAACGGGCAGCUUUCUGUUCGGUUAUGAUUCUGGUGUCAUGACCGAUGUGAUCGCCUCACAUCACUUCUUGAACUUCUUCAAUACGACAAAAACAUCCACCAUUAUCGGUGCGAUUAACAGCGCAUUCUCAGGAGGAGCGGCCAUUGGUGCCCUCAUGGCGGGUCUGACUAUCGACCGAUUCGGACGUAGAAUGACAAUCCAGAUGGGUGCAUUACUGGCGACUAUUGGUGCUAUUCUCCAAUGUGCUGCUCAGAAUCUGGUCAUGAUUCUAGUCGGACGAAUCAUCGCUGGCUGGGCAGUGGGUGUGCUCAGUAUGUCUGUCCCAGUUUACCAGGCCGAAUGCGCUCAUCCAAAGACUCGUGGCUUGAUUGUCGGACUUUCACAGCAGAUGAUUGGGGUUGGUUUCAUCGUCAGCACGUGGAUUGGAUAUGGUUCUCUUCAUGCCCCCGACACCAACUCAUUGCAAUGGCGAUUCCCACUCGCGUUCCAGGCACUUCCCGCAUUUAUGUUGUUUGUAGGAAUGUUUUGGCUUCCUGAGUCCCCUCGCCAUCUCAUCGAAAAAGACCAGGACGAUGAAGCGUUACGCAUCCUGAAGCGCCUGCACUAUGACGGUGCGAACAUGGAAUGGAUCCAAACCGAAUUCACCGAAAUCAAAACCACCAUAAACGCUGAACGGGCUAUCACGGCUCCUGGGUGGACAAUCAUGUUCAAGGUACCACAGUGGCGGACUCGGUUGUUGCAAGGAACCUUGGUGCAGGUUUUUGCCCAAAUGACCGGCAUCAAUGUCAUUAACUACUACCAAAAUAUCAUGUACGAAGCAUUAGGCAUUACGGGGAGCCGAGCUACCCUUGUCACCGGAAUUUACAACGUCGUCGGUCCCCUGGCAAACCUCCUCUUCAUCACUUUCGUCCUCGAUCGAAUCGGCCGUCGCCGCCCUCUGCUCUUCGGUGCCGCUGGAAUCACUAUCGCACUAGUCUGCGAAGCAGCCCUAAAUUCGCAGAACGAGGAUGGAACAAAGGCCGGCUACAGCAUCGGUGGUGUAUUCUUCCUCUUUCUUGUAACGGUCUUGUUCUCAAUGUCCUUCGGCUCGAUUGCCUGGGUAUAUAUGUCCGAGGUUAUGCCGAUGCAGAUUCGCGGUAAGGGCGUUGCAUUUGCUACCGGUAUUGGCAAUUGGACAGUUAGUACGCUAUGGAGCCAGGUUUCCCCCAUUGCGCUGGGUAAGAUCGGAUGGAAGUUUUAUUUAAUUUUCGCGGCAUGGAAUGUAUGCGUUACGAUCCCCACAAUCUUUUUCUGGUUCAAGGAAACCAAGCAAAAGUCGCUUGAGGAGAUUGAUCUCCUCUUUGGUGGAAGAGCACUGGGCGCUCUGAACGAUAAUCUCAAUGCAAAAGCUCUAGAAUUGGAGUCUGCUGGGACCGCUAAACAGGUGGAGGAUGUCACUGUGUAG